AUGCCUAGGGCGGCGUUGGACCCACUGGUUGUGGGAAAAGUGAUCGGAGAUGUGCUGGACAUGUUUGUUCCGGCGGCGGAGUUGGCCGUGCAUUACGGCGGCGAAGAGAUAGGCAAUGGGAGUGAGGUGAAGCCUUCCUCGGCGGCUCAAAGGCCUAAAGUCCAGAUUAAGGGCGCCAUUUCUCCUAGUUAUUACACUCUUGUAAUGGUUGAUCCAGAUGCUCCUAGCCCAGGUGAACCCACCCUCAGAGAGUGGCUCCAUUGGCUGGUAAUAGAUAUUCCUGAGGGAUCCGAUGCAACCGAAGGAAAGGAGAUAAUGGAAUAUAUGGGGCCGAAGCCCCCAGCCGGCGUCCACCGUUACGUGUUUGCAGUUUUCCAGCAGCAUGGGCUGAUGGAAACAGUGAAAAGGAAGCCGGUGGAGCGGCAACUGUUCGACACGCGCCAAUUCGCGAGAGAGAAUGAUCUUGGCCUCCCCGCCGCUGCUCUGUAUUUCAAAUCUCACAAAUAA